CCCGCGCAGAAGGAGGUACCUUUGUUUAUUUGCCCACCUUGGCCAAAGCCUCGUUAACCGCGAGAGGCGACGUUGGCCGGGUUCCCAGAAGCGCCUGAUGCACGCCCCUUGGGACAGAGCGUCCAACCCCAGCAGGGUCCGCCCGCGCGUCUCGCCGCCACCCCUCUGUAAGGAAUACAGGUGUCCCACGUGGCUCCCACCCCUGGGACGCCCCUCCUGUGGGCCUGCAGCGCCCCCUGGCCCGAGCCGCGCCCGCGCGGGCCAGCAGAGCCGCCCCGGUGUCCGAGGCCCGCCGUGCGCUCGUCCCGCGAAGUCGGAGCCCAGCGCUGUCUCCGCGCUGCAGGGCACGCGCAUCCCGCCCCCCGCUAGCGACCUCGGAAGGAGCGCCGGUUACUCCUUCGCGCUCCCAGGAGAGGAGUCCGCUCGGCCCCCAGCCGCCCCGGCCCGGAGGGCGGCGAGCGUGCGCCCCGCGGCGUUGCGGGCUUUGUUCGGCAUUGUGUGCGCUUUGUCGGGGCGCCGCCGCGAGGCGAGGCCCGCGCGCCCCCGGCAGUCGGCGUCCCGGGCAGAGCGCACCUGGCGCGCGCCGCCUUCCGGCUCCCCGCCAUCGGCCCGGGAGGGCUCGAGGGCCUCUCUCUCUCGGGAAGCACUGGAGCGCGGACCGCAGUUCUACCAACAUGCCCUCUUUCCUGUUGCUGGAAGCCAUCUGCGUUUUCCUGUUUGCCGGAGUGCCCCCGUCCCUGCCUCUUCAGGAAGUCCACGUGAGCAGGGACACCAUUGGGAAGAUUUCAGCCGCCAGCAAAAUGAUGUGGUGCUCCGCUGCCGUGGACAUCCUGUUCCUGAUGGAUGGUUCGCACAGCGUCGGGAAAGGGAGCUUCGAGAGGUCCAAGCACUUUGCCAUCACGGUCUGUGACGCUCUGGACAUCAACCUCAAGAGGGUCAGAGUGGGAGCGUUCCAGUUCAGUUCCGCCCCUCAUCUGGAAUUCCCCUUGGAUUCAUUUUCAACCCAGCAGGAAGUGAAGGCAAAAAUCAAGAGGAUGGUUUUCAAAGGAGGGCGCACAGAGACAGGCCUUGCUCUGAAAUACCUUCUGCGCAAAGGGUUCCCUGGGGGCAGAAAUGCCUCUGUGCCCCAGAUCCUCAUCAUCAUCACUGACGGGAGGUCCCAAGGGCAUGUGGCACUGCCGGCCAAGCAGCUGAAGGAAAGAGGCAUUACUGUGUUUGCUGUGGGGGUCCGCUUUCCAAGGUGGGAGGAGCUGCACACACUGGCCAGCGAGCCGAGGGAGCAGCACGUGCUGAUGGCUGAGCAGGUGGAGGAUGCCGCCAACGGCCUCUUCAGCACCCUCAGCAGCUCUGCCAUCUGCACCAUCGCCUCUCCAGACUGCAAGGUCCAGCCUCACCCCUGUGAGCGCAAGACUCUGGAGACGGUCAGGGAGCUUGUCGGCAAUGCCCUGUGCUGGAGAGGAUCUCGGGGGACCAAUGCCGUGCUGGCUGCGCUCUGUCCCUUCUCCAGCUGGAAGAGAGUGUUCCUAACCCACCCCGCGACCUGCUACAGGACCACCUGCCCAGGCCCUUGUGACUCACAGCCCUGCCAGAAUGGAGGCACAUGUGUUCCUGAAGGACUGGACAGGUACCACUGCCUCUGCCCAGCGGCCUUCGGAGGGGAGGCCAACUGUGCCCCGAAGCUGAGCCUGGAGUGCAGAAUCGAUGUCCUCUUCUUGCUGGCCGGCUCGGCGGGCACCACCCUGGAGGGCUUCCUGCGGGCCAAGGCCUUCGUGAAGCGGUUUGUGCAAGCCUCGCUGAGCGAGGACUCCCGGGCCCGCGUGGGGGUGGCCCUGUACAGCGAGGAGCUGGUGGUGGCAGUGCCCGUGGGUGAGUACCAGGAUGUGCCGCACCUGGUCAGGAGCCUCGAUGGCAUUCCCUUCAGUGGUGGCGCCACCCUGACGGGCAGUGCCUUGCGGCAGGCGGCAGAGCACGGCUUUGGGAGCGCCACCAGGACAGGCCAGGACCGUCCACGCAGGGUGGUGGUCCUGCUCACUGAGUCACGCUCCCAGGAUGAGGUCGCUGGUCCAGCACGUCACGCGAGGGCCCGAGAGCUGUUUCUGCUGGGCGUGGGCAGUGAGGCCGUGCGGACAGAGCUGGAGGAGAUCACAGGCAGCCCGAAGCACGUCAUGAUCUACACCGACCCACAGGACCUGUUCAACCAAAUCCCCGAGCUGCAGGGGAAGCUGUGCAGCCGGCCACAGCCAGGCUGCCAGGCACAGUCACUGGACCUGGUUUUCAUGUUGGAUGCCUCUGCCUCCGUGGGGCCCGGGAACUUCGCCCAGAUGCAGAGCUUUGUGAGAAGCUGCACCCUCCAGUUUGACGUGAACCCCGAUGUGACGCAGGUUGGCCUGGUGGUGUACGGCAGCCAGGUCCAGACGGCCUUCGGGCUGGACACCCACCCAACCCGUGCCUCAGUGCUGCGGGCCAUGAGCCAGGCCCCCUACCUGGGUGGGGCAGGCUCCGCAGGCAUGGCCUUGCUGCACAUCUAUGACAAGGUGAUGACUGUCCAGAAGGGCGCCCGGCCUGGUGUCCCCAAGGCUGUAGUGAUGCUCACAGGGGGGAGGGGGGCAGAGGACGCGGCCGUCCCCGCCCAGAAGCUGAGGGACAAUGGCGUCUCUGUCCUGGUGGUGGGCGUAGGGCCUGUCCUGAGGGAGGCACUGCGGAGGCUUGCAGGUCCCCGGGACUCCCUGAUCCACGUGGCAUCCUACGCAGACCUGAGGUACCACCAGGACGUGCUCAUCGAGUGGCUAUGUGGAGAAGCCAAGCGGCCGGUCAGCCUCUGCAAACCCAGCCCGUGCAUGAACAAGGGCACCUGCGUCCUGCAGAACGGCACCUACCGCUGCGAGUGCCGAGGUGGCUGGGAGGGCCCCCACUGUGAGAACCGGGCCUUGAGAGGAGAUGCCCCCAAGGCACAGGGCUCCCGCCGAGAGCCUGCAGGAGGCCAGCAGCCAUAGCCUUUCCAGCAACUACAGAGAAGGCCUGGACAGCCUGGGCGCUGAAAGGGCGCCUGCCCUCAGC